CCAAAAAUGUGUGAGGGCCGUCCUCUAAAACGACACUUCAGUCUCUUGACUCUCUUCGUCAAAACCCCACAAUGCCGAAAUCGUCUCCGCCCAAACCCAUGAUCUGCAAGACCCAAAUUGCGCCGGAAGUGGUUUCAGUCACGAAAAUACUACAGAAAAAGCUCGAUAAUACCGAUAAGAAUACCAUUCUCGGAGCCUUCAUAGUGGAGUAUCAGCUCCAUUACAUCAGUGGGAGCCCUUACUACAACGGCGAAAUUACUUUUCAAAAUGGUGACACAAAGCAGGUGUCUUUUGUUCCGUUUGAUAAAGCAGAAGGCAAGAAAGUUCGUGAUAUAUACCGUUAUAGCACCAAUAUCUGUGAUGAAAGAGUUCUUAAACCCUGAUACAUUUCAUACUGUGAGGACAUUUCCCAGCACAUUAUUUGCUAUGACCGGUUCGACUCCUCCUUACAAGAUUGGCUGCUAAGGUGGAUGAAAUUCAAUAGUGUUAAAGGUGCAUAUGAUUUGCCUCACAUGGUAAUCAAGACACAAAUCAGCAAACUAUUGAAUUCUGUGAAUAGCAUUCACAACAACGGACUGCUUCAUCUAUCACUUUGUGAUAUUUCCAACUACGUUGUUAUUAACAACAAUUGGUAUAUUAUUAAUGUCGGUGGCACACUUAACCAACGCAAUAGACAGCUAAUGGUCACAAAGGACUUUGAAAGUUUUGGUAACAUGCUUAAGACACAUGUUCUCUUAGACACUUCAUGGCGAGAAAGUAAUGACUUCUUAAACACAUUGGCAAAUGUGUCUAAUGCAAAUGUUUGUCCUAACCGACUUGUCCAGAUUCUAUUAGACAAUGCAUUCUUCAAAUCUUCAUAUGAACGACUUCAGACGUUUUCAGAAAUUCAUCAUGGAUGGGUGGACCGUCGUCGCAGUUGUAGGAUGUUAAAUAAUGCCAUUUCAUCUGGAGCGUUUAACUGCUAUAUCACUAAUGGAGGAUGGGAUCACGUUCCUAUGAGCUAUGUUUUGUCUCAAGUUUACUGGUAUCAGAACAGCCCUGCCAACAACAAGUAUGAUGGACAGCAAAUAACGAGCUUAAUGAGGUUUUGCCGCAAUGUGUUUGAACAUUAUCACCAAUAUAGGGGUAAUGUAAAUCUCAUUGAGAAUGAGAUGAGACGAUUAUGGCCCGGAUUUUUGGAAACACUACUUUAUUACUACUGAGAAUUCGGCCAACAAGAGGGAGAUCAAUUGGAAUGACAAACUGAAGGAGUUUUUUGAAGGGAAGGAAAAUGUCAACUUUUUUGAGAUGGGAAGUUGCUCUCACACCAUUUUAAUUUCUGCACCAUAAGCUUCUUUUGAGACUACUCUGCAGGCAGGGGAUUUGCUAUUUGAUAUUUAGCUGGUACACGUCUAAAGUAACAGGGUUAAACAUGUAAUUGGUUAUGUUUAUGUAAUUAUCUUAUAUCAGUUUUGCAAAAGCAAUUAGAUGUGGUGGAAACCGUAUCAGGGGAUACUACUUUUAGUUCUGUGUCAGAUUGCAUAUUGAAUGUUCUGCAGGUAAAUCGUUUUUCUGGUCAGUUAUGCAGGUAGUUUUUGGUUAGAAGAAAGAGGGAUUCAAGUACUUGUCUCUGAGGUCUAAUUGUACAAGAGUUACAUGUAGAGUCAAUGUGGUUUCCUUUUUUUUCAUCAAAUUUCUAAUUUUCAUACUCCGCCAUCUCUUCGUCUUUAUUAUUAGAACUUGGAACUUUG